UAUAGAGGAGGGGAGAAGGGGGGGAGAAGAAGAGGGGGUACUGUUGUCAUCCGUCAGGGCAGUGUGUCGAGCUUUUGUCCAGGAGAAAUGGCCGGGAUCAAAGCUCUCAUCAGCCUCUCCUUCGGAGGGGCCAUCGGCCUCAUGUUCCUCAUGCUUGGAUGUGCCCUACCAGUAUAUGACAAAUACUGGCCUUUAUUCCUCCUCUUCUUCUACAUCCUCUCGCCCAUCCCUUACUGCAUCUCGCGGCGGGUGGUUGAUGACACAGACUCUGCCAGCAACGCCUGCAAAGAGCUGGCCAUUUUCCUCACGACGGGCAUCGUCAUCUCAGCCUUUGGCCUGCCCAUCGUCUUCGCUAGAGCUGAAGUGAUUGCCUGGGGGGCGUGCGCGCUCGUGUUAACAGGUAAUGUAGUCAUCUUCGGGACCAUCCUGGGCUUCUUCCUGGUCUUCGGCUCCAACGACGACUUCAGUUGGCAGCAGUGGUAAAACGGCCAAAUGACGGAGAGCAGCAGGGGAAGGGGGGACCUUAGUCUGAACUGUUUUUAUUAGCAUUACAAUUAUUAUUGUUAUUAUUAUUAUAGUAUUACUGUUUGGUUGUUGUUGUUAUUCAUAUGAGGACCACCCAUCCAUAGACUUACACCAGACCAGUGCAAUACUUUGUGUUUUUUUUAAAUCGCCUGCUUUAUGUUGAACUGACACAAGAAAGAUGGAAAAUGCUGAUUUGUACUAUGAGUUUAUUUUUUAAAUUUUGUUUUAGGAUUUGUUCUCAAAUAACGACAAGAUUUCUCCUUGUCGUUACUUGACCUCCUGCUUAAAUCAUAAGUCAUUGGUAUUAAAGGGUGACAUUUUGCUAAAUUAGCGCAGAUUUUGACAUCUUCUGUAAAUGUAAAGUGACCUACAUUACGCUUUGACUCUUGGUGAGAACCUGACUGUUAGGGCAGGAAUCAAUAAUGAGCGUCUUUUGAAGAAGUCACAUGUGGCUUUUCCUUUUCAUUUGGGUUCAGGCUUGUAUCUCUGCAAACAAAUG